AUGCCUUUCGUAUCGGUCACUACCAACGUCCAAGCUAUCCUAGCCGACCCGAACAAGGCUGCUGUCGCGUUCACUGAUGUUGUUUCCCACGCUCUCGGGAAGCCAAAGAACUACAUCACUGUAGUGCACGAGGUUCAAGUCGUCCCUGCUACGGGCUUUGUUGUUGGAGGGGAAGUGGCUAACGGAGUCUCGGUGGAGAUAUACUCGAUCGGUGGAGGUUUAAAGGGGGAAUUGUGCGAUGCCGUGUAUGAGACCCUCCAGAAGGAGUUUGGAGUUGAAGCCGGUCAAGCUGUUGUCAGAUUCCAGAAUUUGGACCCCGCCGAAUACGCAAUGAACGGCAGAACCUUCCGUUAG